GUCGCCGUUUUCCGCCGCGGCAUCUCAUCGGAUAAGAAAAGAGAAGCGAAGCGAGCUCGAGACUACAGGAAGAGAGGGAAAGAUGGAGAUGGCCAUGGCGAAUUCAUCCAGCGCGGCGGUGCCCGCUGCUUUCUCUCUCAAAACCCUCCUCACAAACCCUCCCAAAACCCUCCACCUUCCCACCCAAUCCCCCCUUCUAUCCUCUUCUUUUCCUUCUUCCAAGAAGUUUGGGAGGCUUGUCGGCACCUGGAGCUCUCCUAAGGCCAUCUACUCGAGCGGCUCCUGGGCGCCGGAUCGAGUUCAGAGGAAAGGGAUUUGGUCUAUUAGGGAUGAUUUGAUAGUGCCGUCGUCUCCCUACUUUCCGGUGGAGGCGCAGGGAGGGCAGGGGCCGCCGCCCAUGGUGCAGGAGCGGUUCCAGAGCGUCAUCAGCCAGCUCUUCCAGCACAGGAUUAUACGUUGCGGUGGACCUGUGGAUGAUGACAUGGCGAACAUUAUCGUGGGGCAGCUUCUCUAUCUCGAUGCUGUUGAUCCUAACAAGGAUAUUAUCAUGUAUGUGAAUUCUCCAGGAGGAUCAGUUACAGCUGGCAUGGCUAUUUUUGAUACAAUGAGGCACAUCAGGCCUGAUGUCUCCACUGUCUGUGUUGGACUUGCAGCUAGCAUGGGUGCUUUUAUUCUGAGUUCUGGUACUAAGGGAAAACGGUAUAGUUUACCAAACUCCAGGAUAAUGAUUCAUCAACCUCUUGGAGGAGCUCAAGGCGGGCAAACUGAUAUUGACAUCCAGGCAAAUGAAAUGCUGCAUCACAAAGCUAAUUUGAAUGGGUACCUAGCGUACCACACUGGCCAAAGCCUGGAAAAGAUCAACCAAGAUACCGACCGGGACUUUUUCAUGAGUGCAAAAGAAGCUAAAGAUUAUGGUCUAAUUGAUGGCGUGAUCAUGAAUCCUCUCAAAGCACUUCAGCCACUAGCCGCUUCUAAUCAGUAAAGACCAGAGUCCAUGUUGUCAUGACCCAACCAUGUAGCCAUCACAGUGAUGGAAUGCUUGUCACUGAUCUAUCCUGUUACCCGAGGAGAAUUUUUUUUCCCUGCAUCGCGGAAAGUUUGCAUUUAUCAAGCUUAGCAUAGCAAGCAAUAUGUCUUCUUUCAGUUUUGUGAACAGCAUUUGUACUGUUACAUUGAAAUUAAAGUACAGAUCAGUUUUACAAGUAGCUUUGAUUUUUAGUA